GUCACCAGCUGAUCUCCGAGCGCUCUCGCGCCGCUCGCUUCGCGAUCACGGCGCUGGCAAUGGCGGCCGUGGAGGAGGAGGAGAGUCUCGAGUCGUGGCUCAACAAAGCAACCAGCCCCAUGAACCGGCAGGAGGACUGGGAAUACAUCAUGGGCUUCUGCGACCAGAUCAACAAGGAACUGGAAGGGCCCCAGAUCGCAACGCGGCUGCUCAGCCACAAGGCGCAGUCACCACAGGAGUGGGAGGCCCUGCAGGCGCUGACGGUGCUGGAGGCCUGCAUGAAGAACUGUGAUCGGCGGUUCCACAGCGAAGUGGGGAAGUUCCGCUUCCUUAACGAGCUCAUCAAAGUCGUCUCACCGAAGUACCUGGGGAGCCGCGCGUCGGAGAAGGUAAAGAAGAGAGUUAUCGAGCUGAUAUUCAGCUGGACCCUGGCCCUGCCGGAUGAGACCAAGGUCGCAGAGGCUUACCAGAUGCUGAAAAAACAAGGAAUCGUGUUGGAGGACCCGAUGAUCGAGGAGGACAGAACACUGGUGCCGCCGCCACGGCCCAAAGACACGCUCUUUGAGGAUGAGGAAAAGGCCAAGCUGCUGGACCGACUGCUGAAGAGUAAAAAUCCCGAAGACCUGCAGGCUGCCAACAGGCUUAUUAAGACCAUGGUGAAGGAGGACCAGGCACGCAUGGAGCGUGUCGGCAAGAGGAUCAAGGCGGUGGAGGAGGUGGACGGCAACGUGAAGCUGCUGAGCGAGAUGCUGGCUCAUUACCGGCGCGAGGACGCCUCGGACGACGAUCGCGACAUCAUGAAGGAGCUGCACGAGCGCUGCGAGAAGCUGCGGCCGACUCUGUUCAAGCUCGCCAGCGAGACGGCCGACAACGACGACGGCCUCGCCGAGAUCCUGCGAGCCAACGACGACCUGACGAGGGUCAUGAACUCCUACAGGAAGAUUGUGGAGAACCGGGAGGUGAACGGAGACGCGGGGAAGAUGGAAACGGGCACGGCGCUCGACGGAGGCGCCGGGGGGGGGGACGUGUCGGCGCUCAUCGAGCUCGCCGGGCUGGACGUGGCGCCCUCGCUGUCGGCGCCACGACCCAAAGCAGCGGCGGUGGUGGCGGCGGCAACGCGGCCGCCACCGCCGCCCAUCUUCCCCGUGGUGCCGCCCCCUCCCGCGAGGCACGCCGGGAGCCUGGCGGGCGGCGCCGCCCUGGAGCGUGCGGCCAGCCUGCUGGACGACGAGCUCGUGUCCCUCGCCAUCGACGACCCCGUCCCCAACCCGACAGUGGAUCCUGCCGUGGUCAACUGGGACUCGAUCAUGCAGGACCGGUCGGCCGACGUCUCGUUCCCCCCGCUGGGAGCCGGCUCCUCGUCACGGAACGCGUCGCUGGUGUCCACGCCGUCCCACGGCGGCGCCCCCAGGAGCGACGCGUCGGGCCCCAGCGGCCUGGAGGAGCUCGAUCUGCUGGGCAAGACCCUGCUGCAGCAGUCGCUGCCGCCGCAGGGCCUGCAGGUCAAAUGGGCGGCACCGCAGGCCAAGCUGACGCUCCACGAGAUGCAGAGCAGCAAACUGCCGCCGCCUCUCUCGGCGGCGUUCCCCGCGGUGCCGCCACCGCAGCCCCCGGCCGGCCCGGCCCAGGGAGCGGCGGCCGCUCUGGGCAUCGCCCGGCAGCCGUCGCUGGAGCUGGAAGCCGGACAGAGUCCACUCCGUGGCGGUGCCUCCUCCUCCUCCCAGCCGGACGCGUCACUGGCCAGCGUGGUGGUGCCGCUGGAGUCGAUUAAGCCCAGCAGCACCCCUCCUGUCACCGCGUACGACAAGAACGGGCUGCGCGUGCUGCUACACUUCGCCAAGGAGAGCCCACCGGGACGCGCCGACGUGCUCGUGGUUGUGGUGUCCAUGUUCAGCACGGCGCCGCUCUGCAUCGGGAACAUCAUGCUGCAGGCCGCUGUGCCCAAGACGAUGAAGGUGAAGCUGCAGCCGCCCUCGGGCACGGAGCUGCCGCCCUUUAACCCCGUGCUGCCCCCGAGCGCCAUCACGCAGGUCAUGCUGCUCGCCAACGCUCACAAGGACAAGGUGCGUUUGCGGUACAAGCUGACGUACACCCUGGGCCAGCAACCGCACUCCGAAGUCGGGGAGGUGGAGGAGUUCCCGCCAGUCGACAAGUGGGGCUACCUCUGACCCUGGAGCCUUUUCCCUCCUCGCCGGCUCUCCGCGGUGACCUCUGCGUGUCUGGGAGAUGCCAGCGGCGCCACUGAGCAGCGCUCGCGGUGCCACCACAGAGAUUGGGAUUUUAAUGAAAGCAGCGGCCGGCGAGAAAGGAACGAAUUCAUUCAAGCGUGGAGCGCUGUGUGCACAGGAGCCGGAUCAAGGCGUAGCGUCGUGUGCGUAUUUCCAUGUCACCUUUAAAUUACCAUCCGUUGUUGUCCGUUAGAUGAGCAUUAGGCGUGGUCACGCACCAGCACAGGUUGUCGAUUGUCGUGUAAACUUGUGAUGUUCGAGCGUACAGUGCUCACAAUCGCCGACGAUACGCACCCCCCCCCCCCUUCCCGUGAGCUUACAGCUCUUGCUAGUGGUCCAAGGUUGUAAAGAAAUGAGGCUUCUAAGGCAGCCGCUGGCUUACAUUUGGUGCGGUAGGGCACCCCGCAGAAUGCGUUUAACCAUUUAAAAGUGGCUGUGUGUGGGAUAAUAAAAAAAUUAACUCAUGGCACUGAGACGAGAGAUCGAUGAAGGUGGGAGACAGACUGCAAUGAAGUUUAGCAAAGCUCAUUCCCCCAGAAUUAAACUGUGAAAUGUCAGCUGUAUGUGUUUGCAGCAUCUGUGCGUUUUUUUACAUGUUAUUUCUAUAUAUUGUUUUUGCUUUUGAACCACGUGCAUGAAAUCGCACUUGCCAUUGUCCCAGCACUCUAAGCGAAACUACUUGAAGGGUAUUUCAGGAAUUGCUUCGCUUGCCCCGUGGCUGCUUUUGUGAGUGACGUUGCUUGCCGGCUGCCAAACCCAGCCAUCCGUGUCACCCCCCCCCCCCGCCAAUGCAAGUGCCUGCCAGGGCGUGCGUGUUGAGAUGAAGUUGAGCAGCCCGCUUUGUUGUUGGCGUCUGCCCUCGGCUGCUUGUACGCGACAGACAGAGCCACGAUUGCCAAAGGGUGACGACACUUAACAAAUCAAGUCUAUGGCACUACGGCAGCGGCUGUCAAGCUUCCCAACGAGUUUUCGGAUUGUGCCGCGUGUCAAUCGGCGUGAUGUCCCCCGACGUUUCGCUUCCGGCACGGAGAAGUGACAUUCCUGAAGAAGCUCCAAGCACGUGGUGGGGGCGAGAAACGUCGGACGUCACGACGAACAACACGCGGUGCAACCCGAAAACACAGUCAAGUUUUACGGUGGUCGGUUUCACCCGGAUGGCACAUCUGUGACAAAGAGCUUCAUCGCUCAUCGGAUUCCUGCAGUUUAAAUAACGAUUCUGAUUAUAAUUCCGGCACCUCGCUGUCCAGGAUAAAUUGGGUCAUUGACAUUUUUUAAACUUUGCAGAGCAUCGGGAUACAAGACUGCCCACAUGCAGGACUUGCCCACAGUUUGUGGUUUGGCCACGAUCGCGCUUCAAGUAAUUUUUGGGGUUACAUUUUAUUUAAAGUUUGUGUUGUGUGGUGGUGGGGGGCCGGGGGUGGGAGUUGAGGAACUUGGCCAAAUUGCGAAGAUAGCCCCGAGUCUAAGCCAGGUGUCGUGUUCUAGGAAUGGAAAUGCACUCGCGCGUUCUCCUCGUGCGCUGGCACUGGGGGAGGUGAGCGAUUCUGUGGCGCUUCCGCGGCUCCGACCGGUGUAGAGGCUCCGACCUUGGUGGGUGGAUCUCCUCCGACGGAAACGUUGCGUCGGACAACGCGCGUAAACCCCCCCCCCCCCCCCCCCCCAGCGAUAAGAACUUGCGUGUAAUUGAAUCGUUACGUCCGUGCGGUAUGUGUUUGCACAUCUGAAGCAGAAAUAAACAAUUGAAGAAUGGAAUGUUAAUUAAAAAAAAAAAUCAAAAUUAAUAGGUAUAUGCAAGCAUUGUUGUUGUUGUGCCAGACAUGUCCUCGGAGUUGUAUUUUUAUAGUGCUAACUGCUGCUCGCUGUGCACGUGAAGAAUGUGAAUGUUUUGUUUAAAACAGUGCCUCAUGCAUUUUUACCAGUUUUUUUGCCAUUUGUUGACUCGCGUUAGAAACUCGUUGAGCGUACUUUACACCGCAUCACGCCAUCUCAGUGCAGCUGUGUUACAGCAGCAGCAGCAGCCUGUUACAAUAAUAACAAAAUAACGGCAUUGCCAAGGAUGUGUACCCGAGUAGCCGCUUGUAUGGAACGACCGAAGCAAAGCUUUAACCAACACGUGGGUCGUUUUACAGAGCUGGUCACUGGGGUUUGAGAUGGAGCAGUCGUGGCCUUCAACAUCACGUUGUCCAUGACAAAGGUGAAUAGCCCCAGAAUUUUCUCGACGACCAAACUUUACAAAUUGUUAUUUUCUUUGAACCUAUCUACAUGACUUUACCGAAAGACCCAAAGAAUAUACUUAACAUUUUCCUGAACACCAGGUACCAAACGCGCGUGUGGAUUGCGUAGCGUGCAACCGUGUCCUUUAAACCAGAGGCUUGACAAAGCUGGGCCGGGAUCGAUGCAGAGGUCGCAAACGGGUUUUGAUUCCCUACCCGUACCCUACCCGAAAUGAGUGACAAACGGCGACUCACGAGUGACUCGCGGCCUACCCGUACCCGGCCGCACCAGGGUCGCAAACGGGUACCCGUACCCGGCCGGGUAGCCGGGUAUCGGGUAGGGUACGGGUAUCGGGUACCCACUUGCGACCUCUGGAUCGAUGUCACCGAUGGUUUGGAGUCCCGCUGACUGAAAGUGCGACGCUCGUGACUGACCUUUGGGCCGCGUGGCCCAGAGGUCAGAGCACGGCCGGCAACCACCGAGGGUCCGGGUUUCAUUCUGGGUGUGUACGGUGAACUUCGUUCGCACCGUACGUAGCCAACCGUGAUAAUGGGAGGUGUGUGUGGGGGGGGUUAUCGACUGUCCAGGAUCACAACUGGGUUUUCCAAGUGCGCACUGAGUUGAGAUCAGCCCGGACACCAAUGACCGCAUAAACUACCCCCCCAACCCACCACCGCAUGCGGCAUUUCGCGUCAUUUGGCCAUGCAAGAAGCAUCGUGAAUGAGGGAAACUGUAGGAGCUUUGAGUUGUUGCGAUGCCCCCUGACCAAAGGGCCGCGCUCCCGUGUGGGGUGAUGUGACGCCGCGGCUCUGCACGAGCACUCAAAACUGUUUUUGUCUCGUGGUCGUGACGCCGAUUGAGGACAUUUUGUACUCGGUCCGGGGGGAAACUGAUAACGGCGUGUGCGAGUUCGACUUUAACUACCAGACCCGUCAGCUGUUGAUGAUGGGCCGAGGUCAAACGAAGGUGUGUGUUGGUGCACGUGCUCGGAAAGCGUCCUGCGGAACGAAGUCGGCAUCGGGACUUUCGCCCAGGGUCGAGGCCUUUUGAACGUCAUAAAUAUUCCCUGCCAGUGGCUCCGUUUAAAAACAAAUUCCUUGCGAGCACUUGCAAUGAGCAGGCGCGGUGUCGCCAUCCCUCGGCGUCUCUCUCCAUUCCACGGAUCGAUGUCCCCUCGCGUUCCGAGACACCCUCGCGGUCGCUGCGAUCUUGAGUUUGGCAGCUGGCCGCGGCGGUGUUUGUCUAAACUAGCGACGCCGCGCCUGGAGCUAUUCAUUAUCGAACACGGUUACGGUGAUUUGUUUAAAGUUAUCGUCAUUGAAUGUAUCGCAUCCCUGUUGAUAAACCUGCAGCGACGACCAUAGAUCUUGUUUACGGCUUACCCCCCCCCCCCCCGCACAUCUAUACUUGCAACGCCAAUCUUAAUCGCUAGAACGUCCAGCCCUGAUUAAGUGACCGUUGUUUUUGUUGUCUAAGCAGAAUGUAAUGAACGCACAGAGAGAGAGACUCGCGCAUUCAAAACUUCGCGGUCGAGUCGGUCUGUCUUUGACGAGCAUGCUGGAGGCGUUCUCAUGAUGCACCACUGCCCUCGAUUAAUACCGAUCGCUUCUAAGCGCCCGGUACAUCAAAGUUGCAUGCGGAACAAGCCGUGAUUCGUAUACACAGUUGUUGUGGCCUCGGCUAUAUUCGCCAAUAAAUUGAUGGAAUCACGGCCACGAUUCGUGGUGGUUGGUGGUGCAUCAUGACGCCUCUCCACCAUGCCUCAUUCAGGCACACGAGAGACGGCGGUGGACGGGUCAACGCUUGUUGACAUGUAAAUAAAGCGAACGUUGAGUAA